GUGUUGUUUGAGGUUUCUCCUUCUUCCGCUUCCACGACACUUCUAAAGGUCGCAAACAUGGCACCUUGGUUCUUAUCGGCGGCUGUGACAUUGUUGCAGCUCUUGCCUGAGACGGCGACUGCUCAAGAUGUUGCUUCGCCAUUCACAAAGGCUUCCAAUGAUUCGCUUCUUUGGGGCCCAUACCGACCAAACUUGUAUUUUGGCGUGAGGCCGAGAUUGCCCAAGAGUGUGCUCACGGGUUUGCUGUGGGCAAAGGUCGAGGACUUUGCCUCUGUUCAGAACAACUUCCGUUACACAUGCGAGCAACACGAAGGCAUGGCUGGCUACGGCUGGGAUGCAUACGACCCGAGGACUGGUGGAUCGCAGACCAUCCACGAUGCCGGUAACCAAAUCGACAUCACGACCGACUUUGUCAAGUUCCCCGAGCAUGGCUCUAAUGGAGGAUCAUGGGGUGCAAGAAUAAGGGGCGUACCGAGAGAAGACGCUGCAGAUGAUCUCAAGACAACCAUGGUCUUCAACAUUGGCCUCGAGGGUCUGGGAAGUCUGGUCGUCGACAACGCCGAGGAGGACGACAACGAGAACGGCUUUGACGGAGACGUCGUAAUUGCUGGAGAGACUCCUGAGCUGGGCACCUUUACUUUCACUGUUGUGGAUCGCAAGGGAGAGAAACCCAGCCAUAUCCAUCCUUCGUUCCAGGACAAGCCCAUCGACAAGACUCUGGUGCACAGCGUACAGAUUCCCGAUGCUGCUCUGUGGCAGGCCAAGCCCGUGCUAUUCACCUCGAUGAAGACCACCCUCGACAAGUACAUCGAAACGUACACGGCCGAAGCCAUGCCUCCCCCGAUGCAAGCCUUCACCAUUCCCAACCUCCCCGGAGCUGGCAACAUGCACUUUGUGCAGAAGGUCUUCGAAGGCGCUUUCGAAUUCGACGUCAUCUUCUCCUCUGGCUCCGCUUCUGAGCCCAUCAAGUCGGCCGAUUUGUCCGAGAAGAUCGAGACAACCAUCAAGUCCUUCUCCGAGCGCUUCAUCCAGUCCUUCAAGCCCCAGAAGCCGUUCAGCGACAAGAAAUAUCUUGGUCUGGCCAAGUCGCUCUUCUCGAACCUGAUUGGUGGCAUUGGUUACUUCCACGGUGAUGCAGUCGUCGAUCGUUCAUACGCAACCGAGUACGACGAGGAAAACGAAGGCUUUUGGCAGGAGACUGCAGAAGCAAGAGCAAGGAACCAACAAAAGCUGGAAGGUCCCUUUGAACUUUUCACCGGUACUCCUUCAAGGCCAUUCUUCCCUCGUGGUUUUCUCUGGGAUGAGGGCUUCCACUUGCUGCCCGUCAUUGACUGGGAUGUCGAUCUCACUCUCCAGAUCAUCAAGAGUUGGUUCAACUUGAUGGAUGAUGACGGUUGGAUUGGUCGCGAACAAAUCUUGGGUCCCGAAGCACGCAGCAAGGUACCUCAGGAGUUCCAGACUCAAUACCCUCACUACGCCAAUCCUCCUACUUUGUUCUUCGUCAUCCACUCUUUCCUCGACAAGAUUGCCGCAGCCAAGGCUGGCCAGCAGGUUCUUGGCUCGGAGAACGCUAACGGUGUUCUCGCCAACCCUGAUGCCGCUUUGCAAUAUCUUCGCGAUCUCUACCCUCUUCUCAAGAGACAUUACGAGUGGUUCCGCAAGACUCAGGCCGGUGACCUCAAGUCUUAUGAUCGCCCUGCUUUCUCAAAGAAGGAAGCCUACCGCUGGAGAGGAAGCACAAAGACACACCUGCUCACCUCAGGUCUAGAUGACUACCCUCGUCCUCAGCCUCCUCACCCUGGUGAGCUCCACGUCGAUCUGAUGUCCUGGAUGGGCAUGAUGACUCGCGCCAUGAAGCGCAUCUCCACCACCAUCUCAGAGACCGACGACGCCGCCACCUAUGCCAAGAUCGAAACUGCCAUCAUCCGCAAUUUAGACGACCUGCACUGGUCCGAGGACGAACAAGCAUACUGUGAUGCAACUGUUGAUGAAUACGAGGAAAACGCUCUGGUCUGCCACAAAGGUUACAUCUCCCUCUCCCCCUUCUUCGCCGGCCUCAUGGCACCCGACCACCCCCAUCUAGGCGAAGUCCUCGACCUCAUCGCAUCACCCGACCAUCUCUGGUCUCCCCACGGUAUCCGCUCCCUCUCCCCUCAAGACGCCCUCUACGGCACAGAAGAAAACUACUGGCGCUCCCCCAUCUGGCUACCCAUAAACUACCUCGUCGUCAAGGAACUCUUCAACACUGCCUCUGCCCCUGGCCCUUAUCAACAAAAGGCCAGCAAAAUGUACACCGAGUUGCGAACAAAUCUCGUGGAUACGGUAUUCAAGAGUUGGGAAAAGACGGGCUUUGCUUGGGAGCAAUAUAACCCCGGGACUGGCGAGGGACAACGUACGCAGCAUUUCACUGGUUGGACUAGUUUGGUGGUCAAGAUUAUGGCUAUGCCGGAGGUUCCGACCGUUUCGAAGAGUGCAGGUGCUGGACAUGAUGAAUUGUAGAAGAAAUCUUCCAUGUACUGACCAGAAAGAUAAGGCAGAGAAGCAAAAGAGGGAUUUUGUAGAUAGUAUGCAUUAGACGACGAAACUAGACGAUCUUUUCUGUUCAUCACUUCA